GUUAGCAACUUGUGGCUAGCUCUGGUCUAAGGAAGGCACUGCUCCGCGGUCCCCGCUUCAGACACCACCCCGAGUGAAAGACUGUCCGUCCGCACAUUUUUCGGUCAGUGAAGUCCAGAUGCAUGAGUCUGGGUCAGAACCAACAAGCCACACCAUUCCAGCAAGUCAGACAGAGAACGGGAGUCACACUGAGAAUGAGAGUCGACUGAGCAGCAACCAGACUCCUCCUCCAGAGGCACCAAGGGUUCCAGUGUCAUUGUCAAUGAUGACCCCACCAGCAGAGGCCCCACAGCAGCUGCAGCAGACGGCACAGCAGCAGGUCCUCAGUCCUCAGCAACUCCAAGCCCUGCUCCAGCAGCAGAAAGCACUCAUGUUACACCAGAUUUCACCGACAUUUCUGCAGCAACAAAUUCAAGAGGUCUUCAAGAAUCAGCAAGAGCAGCUAAAUAUGCAGUUGCUGCAACAGAAGAAUGCUGGGAUCGUUAGCCAAGAGCUGACAGCUCAGCAAAUUGCCAUCCAGCAGCAACUCCUUCAGAUGCAGCAGCAACAUCUUCUCAACUUGCAGAGGCAAGGUCUGCUGUCUGUCCUUCCCACCAGCCCCACCCCAGCUCCAGGCAGUGAGAAUGGUAGCAUCCUGUCUGGUGGAGACACCAGAGAGUCUUCCAGUCAUCAAUCCACCACCAAUGGUCAUCACACUCUCCUGAAGAGGAAAGAAAGUGGGUCAGCAGAUGAAAACACACAAAAUAGCCAUCCUCUGUAUGGAAACGGCAUGUGUAAAUGGCCUGGCUGUGAGACUGUGUUUGGAGACUUUCAGGCAUUUCUCAAACAUUUGAACAGUGAACACACACUGGAUGACAAGAGUACAGCGCAGUGUCGUGUGCAGAUGCAAGUGGUUCAGCAGUUGGAACUGCAGUUGAAAAAGGACAAAGAACGACUGCAAGCUAUGAUGGCUCAUCUCAAGCCCUCUGAACCCAAACCCGCAGCACAACCUGUGAAUCUGGUGUCUAAUGUAUCCUUCUCCCAGGCAACAUUGCCCAAAGGCCCUCCUCCUAUGAGCCUGUCUCAGAGUGCCACGGCACCAUCCACACCCCUGACGCCGCUCUCUGAAUCCCCUUCAGUCCUCACUCCCAAUAAUAGCAUGUUCACUGGAACCCCUGUACGGAGGAGGUACAGCCGCUCUGUGAGCCAAGAUAUAAUUGAUAAUAAGGAGUUCUACUUGAGCACAGAAGUUAGACCUCCAUUUACAUAUGCCUCUCUGAUAAGACAGGCGAUAUUUGAAUCCCCCCGCAAUCAGCUGACAUUAAAUGAAAUCUACAACUGGUUCACAAGAAACUUUGCAUAUUUCAGGCGCAAUGCAGCUACUUGGAAGAAUGCUGUCAGACAUAAUCUCAGCCUCCAUAAAUGCUUUGUACGUUUGGAAAAUGUGAAGGGAGCUGUGUGGACGGUAGAUGAGAUUGAGUUCCACAGAAGAAGGCCCCAGAAGACUGCUGGUAAUGGAUCUCUGCUGAAGAACUCUCAGAACCGUCAGAGCUUAGCCGGAUCUGCUCAUCAUAGUGGUGGUCUAGAUGGCAACAACUGUCUCUACAACCCAGCCUGUAUGGGCAGCAUCCCACUGCACUCUCUGCCUCAUAUUCUCCAAGAGCAGAUGAAUGGAGCCCUCGCUAAUGGAUCUGGAUACCAAAGUGACAGCAGUGCGACACAGUCCCCUCCACAAGCUUUCAUUAAAGAGGAGCAGGAGGAUGAGGAGAUAUGUGAAAAUUAUCCCUAUGAAUCUCCGGAGAGCAUGGACGAGCACGGUCACAGCCCAGAGAUGAACCAAGAUGAAGACAACAGCAGCCCAGAGAGGCACAACCUUCAUCUCGAUCGUGUGCCUUCUCUCUGACUGUGAGGUCUGAAUUCUCCGCUGCAAAGCCGCCUCCCUCACAGCCUGUGUGACUUUGUAUUCCAAAAACAACAGCUUCAUCUACAUAACCAAACCACUCUGUUCUUGGGAUUUUUUUUUUCUCGUAUUUAUCAGCCUUACUUAUUUUUUGUUCUUAAUCUAGUUCUUAAUUCUUUCUGUACAGUCGAGUGAUAUCACAGAAACACAUUUGUGAAACUGUCUGUUAAUGAUUUUUCUUAUUUUAUAUAUCUGUACACAAAAGGACCAUGAUGAGCAGAGAAGCCAAAGGAAAGGGAACAUUGAUAGUUAGCACUUCACAGUGAGAGAUUUCUCCCCUCUGUAUAGCUACUUUAUGCUAUAUUGGGGCUACACUACCUGAUUUUAUUUUAGUAGUCAUAAUAUAUUAAAAAAAAUUGUAGAGGAAGUAAAGAAAAAUGUUGCUUUAAAAAUGAAAAUGUUCACUGCCAACAUGAUCUGAUAUAUUUGUAUUUAAGGUAUAAUCAGUUGAUCAAAAGAAUACGUAGCUUCUUUAUACUUGUUGGUCUUUUUCACCCCUUCCAUGAGCAUUGUUGAAUUUUGCUCUAACUGAGCUUGUAAUAGUAGAUACUAUAGAUUUACCGUUAUUGUAAACCAAUGCAUCUCUAUGAAUAAUAAAUUCCUCAUGAUAAAUGUGAAUACUCUGUAUCUUUUAUGAUUGCCUUUUAUGGUAGGCAUUCAUCAUUGUUUCACAUGAUGAAAUUAUGACUGGAUGCACUUUUUUGACCCGAUAACAGCCCUACUUCUGUCAGCCAACAGUAAUGACUGCUUAAUGGAAGGUAAUGGAAGAAAGCAAAUGGUCU